AAAAUUGAGAACAUUAUCCCAGCACCUCUCCAUUUUCCAAAUUUUCACCGAUCUCAAUUCUCUCUUGCCCCAACCUUUUUCUCGGUUUCUUCUCCCCCCCUCACGGAAAGAACAAAGCGGCCACAACCCACAAGUCCACAAGGGAGCCAAGAAACCCGGGCGGUCGGCUCGUGUGGAGGGAGCAGCGAAACCGGGACGGACCAUGUCGCUGCCGGAGGCCUUGCUCGGUGGCGCCGACCUCUGGCGGCCCGCCGCCCGCGGCGGCUGGGCCACCGCCGCCGCUCUCCUCCUCCUGCUCGUCUCCCACCUCGCCGUCCUCCUCAUCCGCCGCCGCCGAGGCGGUCGAAUCGCCCACGCAGAGACCGCAACUGCGUCGCCCGCCCCCGCGUCCUCCGGCUCUGCCUCAGGGAUAGAGGGACUCGUGACGGAGGACGAUCUGACGCAGCUGGUGAGCAGCCUGGGCGUGGGCUCCCGCGAGCCGGAGAGGGAGGGGUGGGAGCACGUCAUCGCCAAGGGGAACGACGCCGUCUCCUACAGGGCCUGGUGCGACAAGACCCCGGAUGGUCCUCCUAAAUAUCUAAGUAUUACAACAUAUGAGGGAUGCUCAACAGAGCUGUUGAGGGACUUCUACAUGGAUAAUGAGUAUAGAAUGGAGUGGGAUAGCACUGUGACAAAGCAUGAGCAGCUGCAGUAUGAUGAGAACAGUGGGGUAGAGGUAGGGCGAACUAUUAAGAAGUUUCCACUUCUGACACCAAGAGAGUACAUAUUGUCAUGGCGAGUCUGGGAAACGAAUGACAAGACUUUCUAUUGUUUUAUCAAGGAAUGUGAACAUCCUCUUGCGCCACGACAGAAAAAGUUUGUUAGAGUGCGACUUCUAAGAUCAGGAUGGUGUAUUAGGAAAAUCCCUGGCAGGGAUGCAUGCCAAAUCACAGUGCUGCAUCAUGAGGAUAAUGGAAUGAAUAUAGAGAUGGCAAAGCUAGCCUUUUCCAAGGGCAUUUGGAGCUACAUCUGUAAAAUGAACAAUGCUCUACGUCGGUAUCCUCAGCACCGUAGCUCGUCUACAUCGAUUCUGACCAUGCAAAGACUUAUGAAGAAGUUUCCCCAGGACUUGGAGGCUGCCAUAGAUGCAAGUAAUGGACCUUCCCAGAAUACAGCAGCAUCUGUUGUUCCUUCUACACAGACUUCCAGAACUUCAUCAUGCAAGCUAUCAGGGAAGAAGUCUAAACGGCAAAUUAUUGCAAGCGGACUUCUGCUGGUUGGAAGCAUCGUUUGUCUAUCUCGAGGCCGAUCCAACCUCGGGGCUCAGCUUGCGAUGGCAUUCUUCUUGAACAAAGCCUUCAAGCAAGAGAAAGAAUCAGGCUCAUCCACAUCGAGGGGAAGAACAGAUGUGACCAUAUCCAGGAACUAGCAGUGGGAUUGGCUUAAGGCGGGAGAGAGCAUUAACCUUUUUUAUUUAGAAAAGUGACUACGCUUUGCUUGAAUAGAUACGAUUGUAUAGCGUUUUUCAGCAUGAAUUAUGUAAAUAAUAAGUUUUGAAGUAACUACUCAAUGUAUGCACUCUUGGUAAAAUUUUCUUAUUUUAUCGAGCCCACACAUGCUUUCCUCGAGUA